AAAAGCGAAAAGGAGAUGGGCGUCCAGCAUCUGCUGAAGCUCAGGAUGGCGUCCCUCCACGCCCACCCCGCCGCACCGCCCGCCACGCGGCCGCUCUCCGCGCUCUCGUCCCUCCUCCUCGCGCCCUCUCCCGCCGCCGCGUCGUCCCCUCGGCCCGCCUCCCUCUCGUGCUCGCGGGCGUACUGCCCGGCGGUCAGACCUGCCGCCGGCCGGUGCUCCAGCAGGACGGUGGGACGGCGGUUGCCGGGCGCCGUGGUGGCGAUGUCGUCGUCUGCGCCGACGCCGGGGCCCGUGCAGAAGUCGGAGGAGGAGUGGGAGGCCAUCCUCACGCCGGAGCAGUUCCGCAUCCUUCGCCGCAAGGGAACCGAGUACCCUGGAACAGGUGAAUAUGACAAGUUGUUUAGUGAGGGUACUUAUGGAUGUGCUGGCUGCGGAACCCCCUUGUACAAAUCAUCUACGAAGUUCAACUCAGGGUGUGGUUGGCCAGCAUUCUACGAAGGAUUCCCUGGAGCCAUAAAACGGACGGCGGAUCCUGAUGGAAGGCGAAUUGAGAUCACAUGUGCUGCUUGUGGAGGACAUCUGGGGCAUGUGUUCAAAGGGGAGGGGUUCAACACGCCAACUGAUGAGCGGCACUGCGUCAACAGUAUCUCACUUAAGUUUGUUCCAGCCUCCGAAGAAGAAGCUAGUUGAUUGAGAGUGAAAAUGGAAAUAAGAACCCAUGGAGCAACUACUGACUACCUUCUCAUGAACAUUGGAACUCAAUACUUUUGUCAAUAAUGUAAGCACCAAGUGCUGAAGAUUGUUGUUAAUUUUGGCAGUAAACGGUUUGUGUAAUUCUAGGAUGCCUGUAGAUAUAUGAUUAUAAAGCCACCUGAAGAAUGCA